AUGCAAUACCAAAAAUUGAUAACUGCUUUCUGUUUCCACUCUCUUUUUAUACUUUUCGUCCAACAAUGUCAGCUUACAUAUGCUGGGAAACAUCUCUGUGCCCGCGAUGAAGCUUUUUAUUUGCUUCAACUUAAGCAAGGCCUCACCGUUGAGCCAUAUGCUUAUCGCUAUGAUUGUGACAGUGAGGCCGUAGCCAAGACUUUGUCCUGGAAUGCUACAAGAGAUUGUUGUGAAUGGGGUGGUGUUACUUGCAAUGGAUUUACAGGUCAUGUCAUAGGCCUCGAUCUUUCUUGCAGCUUUGUUAGCGGAACCAUCAAUGCUAACAGCACCCUCAAAAAACUUGGUCAUCUCCAAAGACUCAACCUUGCCUUCAAUGAGUUGAGUGGGUUUCCACUUGGAAAUAGCAUUAGUCAACUCACUAGUUUGACGCAUCUCAAUCUUUCGCAUUAUGGAAAUAUGAUAAGGGAGAUGCAGAUCCCAGCAGGAUUAACAAACUUGUCUAAAUUGGUUUCACUUGACCUCUCCUGGCAUUUCACUGUUGGUUUAACAACGUUCAGAAGUUUGCUUCAAGACUUAACCAAUUUGGAGGUAUUGUUGCUUGACAACGUGGACGUUUUUGAGAACAUAAAUGAGUUACCUAAGAACCUUUCUUCCUCCCUUAGGUACUUAAGUCUUCAAGGAACUGGCAUGUUUGGGAACAUAACUGAGUCUCAGAUUUUUCAUCUACCAAACUUGCAAGUGCUGAGGUUGGGAGAUAAUCCGUCGUUAACAGGCACUUUGCCAAAUUUCUAUUGGAAUUUCAGUAAAAGUGUUUUAGAGUUGGACUUCUCUUAUACUGGUAUUUUUGGGAAGCUACCUGAUUCUAUUGGUAAUCUCCAUUCUCUUUGCUAUUUGAACCUCUUGUAUUGCCAUUUAUCUGGCUCGAUUCCAGAAUCCCUUGGCAACCUCACUGCGAUCAGAGAGUUGACACUUUCAGGUAACAGCUUUACUGGUAUUGUUCUCUCAACUAUCUCAAAAUUAAACAAACUCGUUCGUUUAGAUAUCUCUUCCAACCAUUUUCAAGGCUCAAUUCCAGAAUCCAUUGGCAACCUCACUGCAAUCACAGAGCUGGAACUUUCAGAUAACAGCUUCACUGGAAAUGUUCCCUCAAGUAUCGGAAAGCAGAAUAAACUUGACUCCUUAUAUCUCUCUUCCAAUAAUUUUGAAGGCUCGAUUCCAGACAUCUUUGCCAACUUUUCGGAGCUACAUACUUUAUAUUUAGACAAUAACAAGUUCACCGGCCCCCUCCCCUAUUCCAUUGCAACCUUGACACGCCUUGAAUUAUUAUACUUGCAAAACAAUUCACUAACUGGUUCACUUCCCUCUAAUAUAAGUGGACUUCAAGAUCUACGAAACCUUGAUUUGUCCUUCAAUUACAUCACUGGCGUAACACCCCCUUGGUUAUUCCAUCUUCCAUCCUUGAGUUUUUUAUCUGUUCAACACAAUCAAUUAACCGGGAAAUUGCCAAAUGAGCUCAAGACCAAUUAUGUAGAAUACUUAUAUAUUGAUCUAUCAUACAACAAGCUGCAAGGUGAAAUUCCGUAUUGGAUGUUUUCUACAAGCAUGGAUAGCCUGGAUCUCUCUCAUAACUUCCUCACAGGCUUUGAAAAACAAGUAUGGCACUCAGGCUCCUUACGAUACCUUAAUUUGGAGAACAAUUUUCUUCAAGGGACUUUAAAUCAAUCCAUUUGUGACAUGAUUAGCCUUGAAUUCCUCAUUUUGGCUCACAACAAUUUCAGUGGUUCAAUCCCAGACUGUUUGGGUAACUCCAGUAGCGUCAUUUCUAUUUUAGACUUGCGGAUGAACAAUUUUCAUGGAGAGAUACCAAGAUUCUUACCUACAGGGUUAGAGUAUCUUGGUUUAUAUGGCAAUCAAUUGAGGGGACAAGUCUCGCGAUCCUUGGUUAACUGUACAAGCUUGGUAGCUCUUGAUUUGGGGAACAACAAGUUGAAUGACACGUUCCCCAUAUGGCUCGAGAAACUUGCAAACCUACAAGUUCUGAUUCUUAAAUCAAAUCUCUUUUACGGUCCAAUUGGUGAUUUGGAGUCCGAAUUUCCAUUUCCUGAGUUACGGAUCCUAGACCUUUCCUUUAAUGGGUUCACUGGAACUUUGCCAUCUAGUCUUUUCAAAAGUUUCAGAGGUAUGAUGGAUUUGGAUGAAGAAAAUACAGGAAUUACUCAAGUAAGUAAAAGCAAUGACACAGAUUACCUUUACCAUGUUAGUUUAGUGAUAAAAGGUAAUGAGUAUGAUAUGAGAAUCACGUCAAUCAUGACGAGUGUUGAUUUAUCAAGCAACAGGUUUGAAGGAGAUAUUCCAAAAUCCAUUGGAAGUCUGAGGUCACUUGUGUUACUAAACCUAUCCCACAACAGCUUCCGUGGUCAUAUUCCUGCAGAAUUUACAAAGUUGCAGCAGCUCGAAGCAUUAGAUCUCUCGUGGAACAGACUCAUACGAGAAAUUCCAGGUCAAUUGUCGAGUUUGACAUUUCUUGAGGUCUUAAACCUUUCCUACAAUCAUCUGGCUGGGCGCGUUCCUAUUGGGAAACAGUUCAAUACAUUUCCAAAUGAUUCGUAUUGUGGAAAUCCUGAUUUAUGUGGAUUUCCACUGUCAAAGGAGUGUGGAAACAAUAAUGAGUCACCACUUGAACACGAUGAUAGUGAUGAUGAUUCAUUUUUUAUGAGCGGGUUCACUUGGGAAGCAGUUGUAAUAGGUUAUGGUUGUGGUAUGAUAUUUGGAUUGUUGAUAGGAGGACUAAUGUUUCUGCUGGAAAAACCAAAAUGGUAUGUGAAUUUUGCUGAAGAUAUUGCUCAACAAAUUGCUGCUAAGAAGCGAAAAAGGCAAAAGAAGAGACGUCAAAGACGUGGUGUAAGAAUGAAUUAGCAAAUAAACCAGAGAGUUGGACAAGUUAAUUAGCAAGUUAGCAUUGAUGUUCUGGCAAAUUUCAAUGGAUGCAUCUGUUUCUUCAUAAUACAUAAUAAGUUACAAUUGAUUUCUGUAGUUUUGUGGCAAAUAAUAAAUUAGCUUUAGACAUAGCAACCUCUACCCUCUGGCUCAUAAUGUAUCGUAUUAUAUUGUAUUGUU